GCGAUACUCAGGAGUGCGGACAGAGAGUUCACGUUUUUCCUGGGUCGUGAAGUAAAAUCGUGGAAUAACCAAAAAUAAUGGAUUCUGUUAUACUCCUUUCUUCUUGUUUUACUGUAAUUCUCAUCACAGGCUCAUGCCACGGGUUGGAGAUCACCUCCUCAGGGCCCUCUACCAUAGAGAAGGCCAGCGGAGAGAGCGUUAAGCUGGACUGCCAGUUCACUCUGGCCGCGGAAGAUUCCGGACCUCUGGACAUCGAGUGGAGCCUCCAGCCUUCAGACAACCAAAAAGAAGAGAAAGUGGUAAUCCUGUACGUGGGGGACAGGGUCUACGAGAACUACUAUCCCGAACUGAAAGGCAGGGUUCAUUUCAACUCGCCUGAUCCCAAAAAUGGAGACGCGUCCAUCAACAUAAUGUCCCUCAAGUCCUCAGACACCGGUACCUAUCAGUGUAAGGUGAAGAAAGUUCCCGGCAUUCAGAGGAGGAAGAUGCUUCUGACAGUCAUGGUGAGACCGUCUAAGCCCAGAUGUUAUGCUGAGGGGCCCACUCAGGUGGGGAAAGAUGUGGUUCUGAAGUGUGUCUCCACGGAGGGGACCAACCCCCUGAAGUACACAUGGGAGAAGACCAGUGGUAACAAACUCAUGCCUGCCUCAGCUGUCAUGGAUUCGGUAUCGGGAACUGUAAACGUACGCAACGCCACAGAGGCGGCAUCGGGAACGUACCGGUGCAUGGCCCAAAAUCGGGUGGGCACUGAGGAGUGCGUGCUGCAGCUCAACAUCACACAGCCUCCUAACACAGCAGGCAUUGUCGCCGGCGCAAUCAUCGGCGUGCUCCUCUUCCUCAUCCUGAUCGCCCUCAUCCUCUUCUGCUGUUUCCGCGCUCGUCACAAGAAGAAGUACGAGAAGGAGAUCUCCUACGAGAUCAGAGAGGAUGUGCCACCUCCCAAAAGUCGCGUCUCCACCGCGAGGAGCUUCACCAGCGUGGGGAGUCAGCGCUCCUCACUGGGCUCCAUGUCCCCCUCGAACCUCCACGAGUACACUAAAUCCCAGUACGACAAGAUCCCGUCAGAGGAGUACGAGCGACCCCCCAGCCACGCCCCCCCGCCGCCGGUGGGCAAAAUUGUAGGUCCCAACCUCAGCCGAAUGGGGGCCAUCCCAGUCAUGGUCCCCGCCCAGAACAGGGACGGGUCCAUCGUGUAGGACCGGCCCCGGGCCCCGCCCCCGCCGCCCUCCUACACCGCCUCCCCCCCCUCCCCCACAUGCACUGUGGCAUCCAGGUUUUGGGUGGGACACAAAUGCAGUUCCUGCUCUGAACCAGACAUGGUACAAGUGAGGGCAAAAUAUGAUUUUACUUCCAGAACUUUUACAGACAACGAAAAGAAGAAGAAGAGGAAGAAGAAAAACAAAACAAAACAAAAAUACUUAAUGAAGAAUGCAUAUGAAGCAUAUGGACUCAUGGCCUGUUCUUAUUUUGUAAAUACGUUAAAAAAGAAAAAAUGCAUGAUGUUUUUUAAACUUGGCUGGCCCUGUCCUGUUGUUAGCAUUUGAGGGACCUUGGUUGGUUUGCAUAUGACGUAUACUCCAACUUACCGUGACGAGGCGUCCUGCAACGGGCCAGCAAAGCAAAACGAAACGUAUUACUCCCAUGUUCUUUAACUGCCUGUGAUAUGAUCUUAUCAUUUUUCAUUUUUCCCAGUUCACCCUUUUUAAAAUACCUCAUUACACUGAGGAAGGUGUUUUUUUUUUUCACUUUUCGCUUGAAACCGAAUCUGUUUGGUCCAUUCAAAGAUCUAGUUCAUAGUUGUUUUUGGGUCUCCAGGUUACAGUAACACUGCUCUUUUGGAAGUUAGAUUCGACUGGUUUUUUUUUAUGCAGGUGAUAUCUAAAAAGAAGAAUUCAAUUCAGUUAACUGUAAAACUGUUAAAAGAUUCAAAGUUAAAAUGUGAGUUUUCUUAAAGGUAUACAGUUUAUUAGGUAUAGUUAUUUGGGGAGCCAAUCGAUAUUUCAGUUGAUGACCAUUUGGAACAUCCCAGGUGGGUGGGGCUUGGUGAUUAGCAAGGAGAACACUGAUUGGUGGAUCAUGGUUUCUUCAUGCUUGGCCUGUGGUCCCAGUCCCACCUCCUUCCCGCCAUACAGUACUCACCCUGGUCUGGAAAUGAGGGUGCAUGGUAGGAAGAGAGGAAGGGGAUGCAUAUUAUGGUUCACUGACCAAUCAGAAUUAAUUAAGUUUGACCACCAGUGUUCCCUCAGCCCAGGGUAGCCCCUUUUCUCACAUACGAAGCUCAGACCAAUUCUGGUUAGCCCUGGGACCCUGGAAGUCCAUAAUUAAAACAUAUAGACAUCAGAUCCUUUCAACAGGGCCUUCUUGUCCUUGAUACCCCCACUGUAAGUCUUUGGAUGGAUCUCCCAUCAUGUUAAAGUACAAAUUGGAAGUUUAGCCCUCUUCAUGAUUCUGUCUAUAUAGGCUGUCCUCAACAUAUAAACAAUGCUGUUAUGCAGUGGUAACUUUCUGUAGACCACAAAGGGACUCUCUCAAACGCUUUCCUCUUCAUCAUCACAACCGUGCCUUUAUUGCUCUGGCUAUAAUUCACUGAUUUGAUGAGUUGGCAAUACCACCAUGUAUAUUUACAGUUGGAUUAUUAGUACUAAGUUGCUAAGCCAAAAUAAGUGUUUCAGACAGAUAUGUUAGGCCAUGUAGCUUGUGUCAGUGUGUUCCUCAUCCUGCCUCUUCAGACUCACAGCACUGCACAUUGUCUCUCUCUCUCUCUCUGUCUCUCAGAGCUCUGUCACAUCAGAUUGAACUCAUCAGCUAGUUUAUCAAACCUUUAAUUAGCAGGAGCAGGUGUGUCAGCGCAGAAGGAGAGAGAGAGAGAGAGAGAGAUGUGUAAUGUACGGUGGGCGGUGGUUCAGGAAGCAGGAUUGGGAAGCGCUGACCUGUAUGAUCCAUAUUCACUUAGAGAAGGAUGAUGAGUUCUGAGCAGACUUAUCCUGUGAUGCUUAAACGAAGAUCUGCCAACUGUCGUAUACUUGGGGGGGUUCUGUUCGCAACAUAUGUUUUUCUUUUCAAACCCUCGUUAAUACUGUCAUUAUCUGUGUUGCCGCCUUUUUUUUCUUUUCUUUUUUUUUUUCUUAGCAAACAGGGUUCUUGUUGAAUGUGUAAAUAUACUGUAAUUGUAAUCUCUAGAGCUAAUCGAAGAAGUCAUUUCCAGUGAAACAUACAAUACUGUUGACGUAUGAAGCAUCUGAAAAAACUGUCUUGAGAGAGGAUAAAGAAAAGUUUAAAACAUAGGGACACUGUACUGAAACACUUUCAAAUUGUAUGAUUCAGUUAUGAAGGAAACGUGACUCGUUUGCAACAGUAACAGUGUUGCUAUCUUGUUACAGAAGGACAUGCCAGCUUUCCAGGCAUACUGAAGUUUAAUUUCCCCCAACUGAAAUUACCGUGAAAUUCUGCUUCCUGUUCUUAAACACAAAUUUUGAGAGAGUUGCUUUCCUUUCAGAGGCCUGCAAACUGAAUGUGAGUCUACCUGCUCUUGUCUGGAUGGGGGUCUGUGAAGUAUUUCAGUUAAAACUAGAUGUUCAACCGCUGAACAGUCUGUACAAAGCCAUUAGAGAUAGGGAAAUUGUACAGUCCUCUAAUUAAAACGAUCUCUUUGGAUAACUUAAACUGUAGCUUUUAAACUGUGUACUAAUAUCACAUGAAAACUUUUUCCCCUCUUUUGGUUUGCACAACAUGUAAAAAAAACUCAUUUUCUUUCUU